UGCUAAGUCCCACCACUCACAAUCAUCCUUUCAUCUUGUGCUGAGCUCGCUCGCUCGCUCGCUCAAGGUAUCCUCAAAUGCUGCAUCUCCAGCUGCCGUCCCACCACCCCCACUUCCUCUCUCCCCAUCUCUUCCCGCUCUCUCCCCUCCACUCAACCCUCUCUCUCUCCCCCUUUCCUCCUCCUCCUCCUCCUCCUCCCCUCUCCGCCUCCGCCUCCGCCUCCACCUCCGCCCUCCCUCGCCGCCGGCCCAGACCCCACCCAUGCCUCGCCCAAGCCUCCGAACCCACCGCCGCCGAAGAGCCGCCGGAGGGUCCCAUCGAGCUCCCUCCCUCGGCGCCUUCGAUAUUCGCGUCCACCGACGAUCCCACUCCCCUCCAGGUGGCCACCAGCGUUCUUCUCACCGGAGCUAUCUCUGUCUUCCUCUUCCGCUCCGUUCGGCGUCGCGCCAAGCGUGCCAAGGAACUGAAAUUCAGGUCUUCAGGAGCAAAGAAGACACUGAAAGAGGAGGCCUUGGACAGCUUGAAAGCAAUGGGGACAACCUCUAUUCCUGCUAAGGCACCGCCUUCACCUGUGCAGGCACUGCUGGGUGGAAUCGCUGCCGGUGUGAUUGCUCUCAUCCUCUACAAGUUCACCACCACCAUCGAGGCGGCCCUCAACCGGCAGACGCUUUCCGAUAAUUUCUCCGUGAGGCAGAUAUCGAUAACCAUAAGGACAAUUGUGAAUGGGUUAUGCUACCUGGCGACAUUCGCAUUCGGCAUCAACUCCAUCGGUCUAUUCCUGUAUUCUGGUCAGCUUGCCAUAAACUCCUUCACAGAAGGAUCUUCAAGCAGACAAAUCAACGAAAGUGACGGCCAAUUAACGUCACCGGAGAGUCUUAUGGAUACUCCUAAAACAAAUGACAGCCAAGACAAUGAUAAAACGGAUAGUACACAGUGACAGAAGAUAAGUAUUGUUACUUAUGCUGGGAUCUAUUUAAAGUGAUUUUUUUACCUCAGUCUGCUAUAUAUGUUUCUACUUUGAAAUGCUAAUCUUCUAUUCAGAAAAGAUGUCAACCUUAUAUACGUGGCUAUUGCACGCUUUUGGGCUAUCCAUAAUAGUGCUGCAUAUUAAUAGUUUAAUCAGUUGAUUUAUAUACCAAAGUUCAGGAGAUGAUCUGCAUA